GCUUCCUUGCAGAGCCUGCCUGGUGUGCCCCGGAGCCUGUCUCGGCCCCCACCACCACCCCCCAAGCGACCAGCGUGGUGAAGAGCCACCAGCCCCUGAUGAGGAAGACAUGUAUGAGGUGCCCCCCUGUGAAGGGCUGCUCCGCUGGGUGGCACCUGCCCAGGCUCAGCUGCCGCCCGAGGGAACCUACCUGGACCAUACCUGGGCACGGCGCAGUUCGGAGCCUGCCCCCUGCCUGCCCCCAGCCAGGCUCCUGUCGCAGCUGAGCCUGGCACCCACCGCCGAGGAAGAGGAGGAGGAAGUUGAGGGGUGGGGGGCCAUGCCCUCCUCUACCCGCCGCAGCUCCCUGCCCACCCUGGGCCUGGCCAUGCUCAGAGGUGCCAACCCAGACCCCUUGAAGCACAAGGAGGGGCCUCUUAAGGAUGCAACCUAUGUGCAGUUCCAGCCUCCCCCAGCCCCCUGCUGCCUUGAGGGGAGUGGGUCCCCCAUGGAGGACCCUGAGCUCUGUGCCCAGCCCUGGUAUGCAGGAAGCUGUGACCGGCAAACAGCUGAGACUGCCCUGCUCUAUGCCAAUAAGGAUGGUGCCUACCUUGUGCGGCGCUCUGGGCGUGGCGGUCCCCAGCCCUACACCUUGGCUGUGCUCCUGGGUGCCCGUGUCUACAACAUCCCUGUGCGCUUGAUUCCAGGGCCCCGGCCCUUUGCCUUGGGUCGCACCAACGCCUGCCCAGAGCUCUUUCCCAGUGUGCCCAGUAUGGUCUGGCACUACAUGCAGCACCCCCUCGUGCUGGUGGAUGGUACCACUUGCGCCCGCCAGCACACCCGCCUGCUCUACCCUGUGAAGCCCUGAGUGCCUGGUGGGGAGGGGGCACCCAGUGCCACCCCAGCCCCUUCCCCUUCCCUGCCAGCCUCAGCCCUGCAGCUGUGACCAGUGUCAGGGUAGAGCAACAAUGGCAGGCCUCAGGCUGGGGGGCAGUCUGGCAGCCCUCCCUCCUCCCCCACCCCCAGCUGAUGCCAAGCCAGCCAGGACACCUGCAUCCUUGCUGUACCCACUUCCUCCUUGUCCCCAGCUGGGGGGUCACAAUAAACAGUGUGAAGCUGC